GCCGCGGACGACGAGGCCUUCCUGAGGGCGGCGGAGGCCGAGCUGGAGGAGGCCGACGCCCUGUCCAGGCUGGCCAAGGGCGAGGAGGCCGAGAAGGUGGUGAGAAGAGCCGACAAGGCCGGCCGGCGCCGGGUGCCUGGCCGGGCUGGCGCCGAGGCUGCCAGCGCCGACGAUAGCGCUCACCCCGCCAGCGGGGAGGACGACCCGACGCAGGCGUUGCUGAAGCAGCUGACCAUCCAGAGGCAUGGUGUCUGA